UAUCAGAUAAUAAAGAAACUGAGGAUAAAACUAUGGAAGAAGAAACUGAGGAAGAUAUUGACGAUGAUACUAAUAGUGAAGAAGUAAAUAAACCUACUAGACCAAAUAUUGAUAAAACUAUUAAAUUAGUUAAAAAUACAAUUUAUAAUGCUCUUUUCAAAUAUUUUGAUACUCCUUCAAAUCCAGCUUUACUUGCUAGUCUCUUAGAUCCUAGAUUUAAGAAAAUAAAAGGAUGGUCAGAAAAUGAAAAAGAAAAA